AUGUCAGCUACCGAAGCGAACUAUCCGUUCAACAAACCCACAGCGGAUCUCACCGUGUGUUCUUCUGACAAUGUGAAUUUCGGCGUCCACAGAAUUAUUCUCGCCGAAGCAUCGCCCGUCUUCGAGACCACGUUCCAGCUUCCCCAGCCACUCGAUGCACAGAACCAUCACGUUGUCAGCCUCACAGAAGAGUCUGGGACGCUGGACAAGCUAUUCCGGAUAUGCUACCCAGUUCCCGACCCUCCGCUAGAUUGUUUGGAGGAUGUCGAAGCGGUUCUGGCGGCGGCAGCGAAGUACGACAUGGAUGAGGCGCAGGCUGUAUGCAAGAAGGCGCUGCUGGAUGCAGAUUUGGUACAGCGAGAUCCUGUUGGUGUCUACGCCAUCGCCAGUCAACCUGAAGCUGGAAGAUGUGACGCGUGCGGCCGCUCGACAAACGCUCCGCUAUCCAUACGAGCCGCUGGAUUCCCCGUCCCACACUUUGGCGAAACUCCCCGCGAUAGCUACUGUUACAACUACGACUGCUUUAGAUGUCGUGAUGAAGACGGGCUUGAGCAUGAGCCUGUACCUGCUGGGUGGGUCACGCGUAGAUACAGCCUCGACGUCGAUGUUAAAGACUAUCUUUCCUACGCUGCGGAGCUCAUGGAGGUAUCCCCAUGUGGAGACGCGCUGGUGGAAGAUGCGGAACUCGGGUCCUGCCGCUUCGUGGAAUCAUCGUUGCCUGCCUGCAAGGAUUGUCGCCGAGAUAUCUGCACUUUAAUGCGAGAUUGGCGGAACAGCCUUGCAGAAGAUGUCAAAGGUGCCAUUGCACAGCAACAACUCCAGAUUGCAUUUUAG